CUCUCAUUCCAAUCUCAUGAUCAGGGCGUCAUCCACCCGAUUAUGGCUGAAAAAACUUAAAGAUCACAUUGAUACACACGAUGGCAUUAUCUGAGUCCCAAAUACCACCUGACGCCCAGCAUUAUUUAGUGUGUGGUACUGAAGACUGUAAGAAGAACUGCCAGUUUUACUGCAAUGACUGUCACCACCCAAUGUGUGAACAAUGCAGAGAUGAACAUCAGAAAAACAGGAAAACCAUGAACCAUGAAUUGGUCCUUUAUAAACAACGCAAACGGCAACUUCCUAUGCAGAAAUGCAAGAUCCACCCCACAAAAGACAUAGAUCUUCUCUGCGAGGAAUGCCAAAUUCCUCUAUGCUCAAAAUGUGCAACCACUAAAGAACAUCGCGGUCAUGUGUUUACCGACCUAGAAAUGGUCUUUGCCGAAAAAUGUUCAUCUUGUAAUGCAGAAAUUACUAAAAUUCGAAGCUAUUUUGAGCCUACUUCUCAAAAUUUGAAACAGGAAAUUGCAAGAGAUGUUACAGAAAUAAAAAAGAUCAUGGAAGGUAUAAGAAAAUCCGUGAAGGCUGAAAGUGAGGCUUUGAAAAACCUGGUAGACACAGUCACAUCAGAUAAAAUGGAACAAGUCGACAAAAUAGAACAGUCAUUAUUAGAAACAUUAAAUGGUCAAAACCAAGAAAUAUAUGACUACAUCAUCUAUCUCACUGAUUUAGUCAGAACAUUUUAUGGUUAUCUAUCUCCCUCAAAUAUAGAACAAGUAACAUUUGCCUUCAAAUCUGAAAAUUUGAUCAUAAGACCAAUACCAGAGACAUCCAAACCAGUCCCACCCAUAUUUACUGCUGGUCAAUACAGCAAGGAAAAUGUUGCCAAACUACUGGGUAAAAUAACUAUUCCUAAAUUUAAACCAGAAAACAGAAAAAUAAAACCCAUGGAGACUGUCUCUAUUCAGUUGAAAUCUACAGGGAAACAGAGAAAACAAGACAGAGAGAAAUCUGACGUGAAACAAACACUGUCUCUGUCUUCCUCUUUCACCAAGGUCAGGGAGUACACAGUACCAGGUGUUCGUGAUGUAUAUCAUAUAUCACUGGGUAAAUCAGGCAGACUCUGGGGCAGUGAUGGUAGUGGUAACCUUGUCCAAACAGAUCUACAGGGGAAUCAGCUACAGAAGAUACAAACCAGUGGUAGAGAUGAAGGCUACCACACAGUCACGCAGGACGGGGAUCUGAUCUAUACAGACAAAUACAACAAAGUCAUCUAUAGGAUAACACCGGAUAAUACAAUCACUCAAUUCAUUAAAACAGAGCACUGGAGACCACUCAGUAUAUACUCCUCCCACAUCAACGGGGACUUGCUAGUGGGGAUGAGGAAGGAUAAAGAGGGUAAAGUCACCAGGUACAACAAGACAGGGACAGAAAUACAGAACAUACAGAGAGACAACAAGGGACAGGGACUGUAUGAUCUACCACACUACAUCACAGAAAACGUCAAUGGUGAUGUCUGUGUAUCAGACUAUAGAAAACAUGCUGUAGUGGUGGUGGAUAAAUCAGGAAAACACAGGUUCUCCUAUACAGUUCAGGGGUCAAUAUUUUAUCCCUAUGGAAUAUGUACCGAUGUACUCGGUCACAUCCUGGUGUGUGAUACAUAUAUGUUGAGUGGCAAAGUUAAUCUCCUGGAUCAGGACGGUCAGUUCUUGUCUCUACUACACGCAUCACAACAAGGGAAUACGAUUCCCCGUAGUGUGUGUGCGGAUGAUGAGAACAAUCUCUGGGUGGGACAUGGGGGCACCAACACAGUGACAGUGUUCAAGUAUGUACAGUGA